UGAUAAGUGAACAGUUUAUGAUCACGAGUUGUUUAUGGUGGUCGAAGGCAAUUUAUUUCUAUAAUGAACAUUACGCAGAGUAAUAGAAGUCACCAAAACAUUAACAGGGUGAUGCCAUUAUAGUAUAGUAGGUCGCCUUUAUCUUCAAUCGGCUAAUUACAAAAACGACAAAUAUUUAUUGAGUCCUCAUACAUUUCAUGCUUUUUUUAUAUAAUUGGUACAAGGUUUGAUCUUUUUAAUUAAACAUGGACAGAGGUAUAAUAAUUAUUUGUAUGGUAUUCGUCUUCAGUCUGGGGACUGGCGGCGACAGUACUGUGGAGGCUCAAAACUCACAAGAAAAUAAAAAAUGUUUCACGCCAAAUGGUGAUAACGGCAAUUGCAUUAACAUAAAAAAAUGCCCAACGCUGCUUUACCUAUUAGAAUAUCGGAAACAAAAUUCUUCUAUUACCAAUUUUCUCAUAAAAUCCAAGUGUGGAGAUGAUGGUAAUUUCCCUUAUUACCCCAAGGUAUGCUGUCCAUUUGUGAACCAAAUUUAUGAAACAGUUUCGUCAGUCAAAUUGCCAUCUCAAGAUACUUGUGGACGGAGUAAUGUCAAUCACACUCUAAUUGUCAAAGAACGUAUAGCUGAAUUAGGUGCUUGGCCCUGGAUAGCAGCACUUGGGUAUCAAGAUCUUAGUAGGCCAAAUGCCGAAUACAAGUGGUUGUGUGGUGGUUCCUUGAUAUCAGAUAGAUACGUAUUAACAGCUGCCCACUGCAUCGUUGGUUCUGGAAUGUACCGUUUGUCCGUUGUGCGUUUAGGUGAUUUGAACUUGGAUCCUAAUGUGCUUGAUGGAGCUCAAACAAUAGAUGUUACAAUUUUACGUGUCAUAAUACAUAACCGAUAUAACACACCUAAACUCACCAAUGAUAUUGCAUUAUUAAAAUUAGGCAACAGUGUUGGAUUCAAUCAAUUUAUUCAACCUAUAUGUUUACCCAUCUUAUCGCAUCAUAGAGCCACAUCGUUAGUUGAAUCUGAACUAACUAUUGCCGGAUGGGGUUCCACAAUGUUAAAUCCAAGUUCUGGUGCUCUAAUAACAGUUGAGUUAUCAGCGGUAGACAAUGCGGAAUGUAUACAAAAAUUUAAUAGAUUUAGAGUUGAUAUUUAUGAUACACAAUUGUGUGCUGAACAAAAAGAAAGAGACGGUUGUAAGGCAGAUUCUGGAGGUCCUUUAAUGUGGUCAAAUGGUUUUCAAUAUUAUUUAGUGGGGGUUAUGAGUUUUAAACAUAAAAACUGCGAUGUAUCAGGUUAUCCAGGUGUAUAUUCUAAGGUGACAUCAUUUCUCGAAUGGAUCGCAGAAAACAUGAAUUACAGUUAGAUUUUAUAAUUGAUGCUAUUUUAUAUGAAUUUUACUUAAGAACGAAAAAAAGAAUAAACAACUCUGUGCAAUUGGUUUAUCUAUUUAUAAUUACUCAGAUAACUACUUAAUUUUAACCAAAAUUGUUUUAAAAAUUAUAUUUAGUAAAAAAAAUGAUUUGAUUUGUA